UGAAAUGAGGUCGGAGCCGGAGGGCGGGGCCAGCCUGGCUGCUGUGCGCGUGUACACUUGGCCCGGAUUAAAAGAGGGCAGCGGCUGCAUUCUCCUCCUCCUCCUCUUGCUCCUCCUCGUCUUCUUCUUCUUUGUGGCGUUGCAUCGCCCGUGGGAUCCGGGAAGCGCCGUAUGGAAAAGGACCCCGAGCUGCUUGAGCAGGAGAUGGAAACGGAGCUACCUGCCCCUGUAGAACAAGGAAGCUGGCAUAAGAUAACCAAGUUUACUUGAGGUUCCUACGGAAGAGAGAAUGAUGUGGAAGACAUUGCUGAUGCUGGAGCUGGGGGGAGCAGGGGGCCGGGCUCCCUGCGCUCUCCCCUCUUUCCCCUCGGUCCUGCGGUACCGGUCCUCCUCGGCCAUUGACCAACACCACGAACUGGCCCGCGAGCGAUCCAAGACCGUUACCUCCUUCUACAACCAGUCGGCCAUUGACGUCGCGGCCGAGAAGCCCUCUGUGAGGUUGACGCCAACCACCAUGUUGUAUUCUGGACGGUCCCAAGAUGGGAGCCACCUGCUGAAAAGCGCCCGCUACCUGCACCACGAACUCCCCGUCCGCAUUGCUCAUCGCAUCAAAGGCUUUCGGAGUCUCCCCUUCAUUAUUGGGUGCAACCCCACCAUCCUUCAUGUGCACGAGCUUUACAUCCGAGCGUUCCAGAAACUGAGCGAAUUUCCCCCGAUCAAGGACCAAGAGUCGGAGGCCCAGUAUUGCAAACUGGUCCGGCAGCUCCUAGAUGACCACAAGGACGUGGUGACGUUGCUGGCCGAGGGCUUACGGGAAUGUCGGAAGCACAUACAGGAUGAGAAGCUGAUCCGUUCUUUCCUGGACAAGACCCUCACCUCUCGCCUGGGCAUCCGGAUGUUGGCCACUCAUCACCUUGCCUUGCAUGAAGACAAGCCAGACUUCGUUGGGAUCAUCUGCACCCGCCUGUCUCCAAAGAAAAUAAUUGAGAAAUGGGUAGAUUUUGCCAGGCGCUUGUGUGAGCACAAGUACGGGAAUGCUCCUCGGGUGCGGAUCAACGGCCAUGUGGCUGCCCGCUUCCCUUUCAUCCCGAUGCCUCUUGACUACAUCCUUCCAGAGCUGCUCAAGAAUGCCAUGAGAGCCACGAUGGAGUCUCACUUGGAUACCCCUUACAAUGUGCCAGACAUCAUCAUCACCAUUGCCAACAAUGACAUUGACCUGAUCAUACGGAUUUCAGACCGAGGUGCCGGAAUUCCUCAUGACCACGUUGAGAAGGUGUCAGAUUACCACUUCACCACAGCAGAAGCGAGCGCCCAGGACCCCCGCAUGAACACCCUCUUUGGGAACAUGGUGGAAAUGGGGAACAGCGCCCAGUCGGGACCCAUGCAUGGGUUUGGAUUUGGACUACCAACCUCCCGUGCUUACGCAGAGUAUCUGGGUGGCUCCCUGACCCUCCAGUCUAUGCAGGGGAUCGGCACCGAUGUCUACCUGCGCCUCAAGCACAUUGACGGCAAAGAGGAGAGCUUCCGCAUCUAAAGAUCCCCCCUCUCUCGUGUGGGCUGAACCUCCCUUGGCUGCAGGAGGAAGUUUCAGCACAUAACACCAAACCUAAUUCCCUAUGGAUCUGCUUGUCCUCCUUUGGAUUCCUACGAAUGUGCUAUGCUAUCCUACUGAAGCUGAGAAAAUAGUUGAGGUAGUUUCCUUCUUCCUGUGCAAUUGCUGAUGGGACAUCAUCCACUUACUGCUGGUUAUUCCAGUCCUUUUGGGAUGGGUGGGCGUGCUCUGUGGUUAACGACAGAUCUCUCGAAUCCAGAUUUACUGGGACAGCCUGUGGACAUCUUUCAUCCUCCCCCCCCCCACCCUUUGAAAACUUCUAAAGCCAUCCAACAACUGUUGUACACAGCCAGCUCAUCCAGACUCUUGUGCGGCCUAAGUUUUCUCUGUUUCUUCUCGUGGAUACAAAGAUUGGGUGAGCCGGAAGCUUUUACUGUCGCAUGUACUGAUUCUCGUUUGGCCCUCUCGGGCCGUUCUCGGACUCACAGGAAAGACUUUCCUUGCAGCACCCGGCACCAAAAGAAAAUCCCCCUUCCUUCUGCCGGGGGAGGAGUUUUUAUUGCACCCUCUUUGGGGGAACCAAAAGCAAGACAACAGUCUUCAGCCAGGGAAGACUUUCUCCGUUGCACAAGCACCAAAAACACCCCCUUCACCUGAAGAGGAGAAGACUUUCACAACACCAAGUUGGCACCUUUGCCGCAAAUGGUGUGGGAUUCCAGAAUGUUCUUCCCCUUCGCUGCACAAAUAUGUAUUAUUUCCGUCCUCCCUCUCUCCACUCGAUCUUUCCGUUACCAUCAACUUUUUUUU